CUCUCAACAAAGUAACAAAAAUAGUGAAAUCCCAAAAUUUUCUUCCCUCGCUAACUGUUGUAAAGCGGUGGCUCGACCACGGCUCGACUACAGAUGACGUAUAUCCGGAAUUUGGCAGGAAGUGGCUAAACCUGCUGUGUGAGGUAACCUUAUAUUCUAGAACCUUGCUUCAAGUACCGUAGAAAUAUCCUCGAACUCAAGCGUUUGCUUUACGUGAAGCAGUGUGCAGCCAAGAGUUUAACAACAGUUUAGCUGCAGCGAUAGCAAAGCGCUGAAUUUAACAACCCGUCUGUCACACGUCGUAAUUCAUAAACAAAAUUUCGACUUUUGGAACGCUUUAUUUAUUCAAUAGGGACGUAAGAGGUGUGGAAGUUACACACGGACGUAGAUUUUAGGCGGAUUUACUUGAUAACACCCGAAACAAUACUGUAUAACAAUGGGAAUAGUCUCUAUUAUAAAGUACGUCCUCCUACUGAAGACAUAUUGCGUUUGGACAGCAAAAGGAGCGGAAUAUUUGGACAUGACAUACGAACUAAACGAGAAUAUACCCGUUUAUCCCGGCAUUACCCCAUUAAACGUCACUGUGUUGUACAAUGGCACCCAGCCGAAUGGCUAUUGGUAUCAAAAUGAAGACAUAUCUAGUUGCAUUCACGUUGGAACACACUUAGACGCACCGUGCCAUUUCGCCGAGGGUAGAUGGUGUAUUCAUGAAAUUCCAUUCGAACGCUUCAUUGCCCCCGCCGUAGUGGUCGAUAUAAAUUACAGAAUAGCGAACGGGUCGGUGUCUAACCUGAUGCCGGAAGAUUUGGAAGAAUGGGAAAAUGUCAACGGUAAAAUACCGGACGGUAGCGUGUUAAUCCUGAAGACGGGAUGGGGCCAAUUCUGGAACGACAAGGAGAAAUUCGUGAAUGGAAGCGAAUUCAAAAACACGCCAGGAAUUUCACGAGAAGCUGCAGAAUGGUUGGUUAACAACACAAGUAUUUAUGGUGUGGGGGUCGAAACUCUCUCUCUCGAUGAAAUGGCGAGUGAAACUUAUCCCGCUCACGUGACUUUGCUAAGUGCUAACAUUUAUGGCAUUGAAGUUUUAGCUAAUGUGGAUAAACUGCCUACCAAAGGAGCUACUAUAUACGCCAUGCCUGUCAAGAUUACUAAUGCUAGUGGUGGUCAUGCUCGAGUGUUUGCUAAAUUACGUUCGGAAUAGAUUUUUUAUUUUUAACACAAUUUAAUUGUACGCUGUGUAUCGCAUAUAAAUGUAUAAAUCUGUAGCUUCAAAACACGCGGUUGUUCGUUACGUCAAUUUAACGUCAUUUUUUAAACUACUUUUUGUAAAGACCUAGAUAUAAAAGUAACACGUUUCUCCGUGGCUUUUGUAAUGUAUGUUUGCUCUUCCGAGACACGUGAUAAUGGGUCGCCAUUUUUUGUUAAAACGAUAGAUAAAAGCCAUUGUUAGAUGCCCAACAGGUUAGGAUGAUAGCCUGCAGCUCCGAGGGAUCCGGGAUCGAAUCCGAAUAGAUUUCUUCGGGGAGUGUUUCGUCCAGAUGCAUUGGGCCCCGUCUCUCGCCAUCCGGCUGCCCCAUUACGGGUCUGGCCGAACCCGUGAUGAGCUUGCUAAAACAGGUCCUCUUACAGGAGCGCAUGUAUGUACAUUGGGCACGUGUCCCCAUUUUUGUCUGUGUUUCUCUUUUCCUAAUCCCCAAGAGGACCCAACGAAAUUUUGACUUCUAGCCUAUUCUGCAAAUAUAAAAGAAAUUAAAGGACGAUAUUUGUCCAUUGUGCCAUGUCACUUUGUCGUAUGUUGACGAAAACGUGGCCUUGAAAACAAGGAACAGUCUUUGUUUUCAAGGCCAAGUUAGGCCGGAUUGCAAUUAGUGCCACCUUAAGGAAGCGUUAAUCCUGUGAUAAAGAAUAGUUUGAAGCUUCUUGCAUGAUGUAUGAUGCUCUUUCUUAUAGUCUGCGGGCGCCGCUGCCCUCUUACUACCCACAGACGUAUCGGGACUGACCACCCCCCUGAAAUAGCCCUGGGGUUUUUGACUCGUCCGAAUUCGAUUCCAUGACCAAUUAAAAUUGAUUUAUUUCAAGAAAAUCCUUUUUUAAAGAAAGGAUCGCAUUUUACAUGCAUUGAGUAGUGACCAGAAAAUGGCGUCCAGCAGACGAAACAUCGUUACUUUUAUAAAAUCUGGGGCCUUACAUUCUCAUCCGUUGAUGUGCCCUCUGGUGAAUUAAGGAGAAAAUAUUAUAAGGGUUAUUCGUACUGAAGCGCCACCAUUGAGAAAUGCUAGAUCUACGAAACUGCAGAACUAUAGAAUUAAGAAUUGAAUUGAUUUUGAAAUUACCAAUAGAAAUUUCGUUCAUAACGCCCAUUUUGUUAGUAAUUUUAUACUUUAAAAAAGUUUUCUAAUUUAUUUUCAUCGAUUAGUACUACAAAAUCGUGAAAUAAUGACAGGAGAGAAUGCCACCUUUGAAAUAUCCAGCAAUAUUUGAAUACCCUAUUAAAAGUAAAGCCAAGCUAUUAAAAGAUUGCCAAGAAAUUCUUAAUUAUACGAGUAUUGAUUCUUAUAUUUUUCAAAUGGUAAAGUAGGUGAAAUUUUAAUUAAAUUGUCACAAAACACUCGUAUCCUUAAUUAAGACAAAUGUCGAGCCAUCCCAACCCUAUCUGCAAGUAAUAAUUCUGUAUGGACUUGUGAAUUAUGAUGGGAAUGUUAUUUUAUCUAGCUGGAUGCACAUGUAUGGCUGGUUGGUUACCCAUUCUCUUCUUAAAUUUUUAUCACGUGGAAAUGAAUGUAACCAUUUUAUCAUUUUAUUUUCUUAAAAUUAUUAAUAAAGUUAUAUAAUCUUCUGUAUUGUAGCCUUAUACAGUUAUACUGUUUACAGUAGAUAAAAAGAUUUGUGUGCUACGCUAUAAUCCAUAAUGAUAGAUUCACGAAGGAUCAUAAUGUAUUUGAUUUUAAAAAUACAGCAGCAUCGUACAUACUGAAUAUAAUCAGACAUUAGAGAAAUGUAACAAUACAAAACCUAUUUUAGAAUAUAGGCCUAUAUGCAGAUGACCAAAAGUUUAGGAUUUAACUUAAAAUUUAAAAUAACCUGUAAUGAAAAUAAAAAACAAUCUAUUAAAGAAAGAAAAUAUAGCAAUUAAAAAUAAAAAUUACUUUAUAUAAUUACUUCUGUAUAUACAAAUUACAUAAUUCCAUACAGUAUAUUCAGUACAGCAUUAGUAAUUUUUCAUUCUCUGCAGUGCUGGUCAAAAGUUUAGGAUAAAUAUAAACUAUAACUGUUAAUGUAUAUUUUUAUUCAUAGAGAAAAAGAGCAUUUAACAUGAAAAUAACAAUCUAAAGUAUGAUUUUAAUAGUGUAUCUAGAAAAUAUGGAGAAAAAUAACGACCUGAGAACAGAUGAAAAGUCAAACAUGUAACUGGUCUCAACAUGCGAUGCAUUGAUCGGUUGGUAUGCAGGCGAUAGUGUACACCCCAACAGCCAGGAUCGCUCGCAGCAGUUGAACAUGAUUUUGUCCUCACUGUCCACUCCAUGUAUACUUACUCCAUGGAUGCUAUAUCCUGAUUUGAUUGUAUGCGUAUUACGUAUUUAGAAUAAAAUAUAAAUUUUAUUUUUUCAA